AUGAUCGUGUCAAGUUUUGUGCUAUUAUUGUGUUCGUUACUAUUUUCUGACGCAAAUUAUGUGGACACUUUAACAAAAUGCAGUAUCAAGGACACGCCAUGUGUGAUAAACAGUUUUAUGAAAGUUCUGAGUGACGUAGGAUCUACUGGUAUCCCAGAACUAAAUAUUCUUCCUUUAGACCCCAUGAAUUUAAAAAAUGUUACGAUAACCAUUAUGGAUUCACUCGAGCUAACCGUAACAGAUGGUAUAAUAAAGGGUCUCAAAAACUGCAAAGUCGACAAAAUCAGUGUCGAUUUAGAAAAGCAAUUCGCAUCACAAGACAUAGUGUGCAACGAGGCGAGAAUCAACGGUGAAUUCUAUUUCGGAGGUUCCAAUCCAAUCCUACAAAAUUUUUUUGGAAGUAAUUCUUUAUUCGGACACGGAAAAGCAAAGAUUAAAUUUGAACACGUGACUAUGACUCUUACUUUACCUGUUGCCGUAGUAAAAAAAGAAGAUGGCGAUACCUACUUAAAAAUUUUAAACGAAAAACCAAAGUACUUAUACGACAUAAAAAAGGCCGAAUUUAAUAUAAAAGAACUUUUUAUAGGCAAAAAUGAUAUCAGUAAAACCAUGUCCGAUUUUCUGACUAGCAACUGGAGAUCAUUGAUACCAACCUUUGGGAAAUACUUUAUGGACAAAGCCGUGGAAUUAUCAGUAGAGUUUGCAAGAAGAUUCUUUGACAAAGUUCCUACAAAAGUUUUUCUUUUAGAUGACUUGACGCCAUACAUCAAGAAAUAA